AUGCUGUUAGAUCCUAAUGGAGGUGGUAUGGCUUUGCCUGAUUUGCGAGAUCUUAUAGAAACACGAGUUCCUAGUCAUCGGGCUCAAUUGGAAACGAGUUACAUAAACUUGGAUAAUGUCGCGGCUUUUUGUGAACAAAAUUAUAUGAAACAGGACGAUAAGUCUGCUGCGUUAGAAGAAACAAAACAGUAUGCAUUACAAUCUCUUGCAAGUGUUGCAUAUCAAAUCAAUACGUUAGCUAGAGAUUUACUUGAUAUGCUCAGUUUACAAACAGACAAAAUUUUUGUUCUUGCAAGUAAUGUGGAGAAUAUCAAAAUGAUUGUAAAUAUCAACAAAGAGAAAAUGGCUCGACGGGAAAUUGGAGCAUUGACAACCAACAAGUCUAUUUCUAAGCAACCUAAAAUUAUCAGCCCUCCUUGUCAAGAAGCUAUUCCACGUUACAAAAGAAGCCAAAUUGACUUCACUUUGUUGGAUCAAGUUGGCCAUGGAGUUAAAACAGAAGCACCACGAACUGGUAUGGUAUCCCGAGCAUCCUCCAACUUGUCGAGCAGUAAUAACUAUGGAUAUUAUGGACAAUAUGAACGAACAGCUAACAUUUCUAACAACACGCUCAGCAGAUCUUCAUUGAGAUCGGGCCCAACUGGUCAGAAAACUCAGAACGAUCACUAUAGAGUACCCACUGUCAUGCCUAUGCUAGAUCCAGGCCGUUACUCUUUUUCAGUUGCUUCUCAAUUUUGUAGUGAAAACGAGAGAGUGGGAGCAGGAAAUAUAACAGGCAGUGAUGGUGGAAGCAUUAUUGGAUCCUCUGAUUAUGGAUGUGCUUCGUAUUCCAGUGGUACUAUCAAUAAUAGCUACGGAACAUUAAGAGUUCAGCAGUUCCCAAAAACUUCUACAAACAUCGAAUCUUUAAAGUCGACAUCCCCAGAACUUCCACCACCACCAGCAAUAGGAAGUCAAAACUUUCCGUUCUUCUCGAACAAUAAUGCAAGAAUUCAUGAGAAUUCACGCCCGAUUUCGGACGAAGAACCAUUACCACCUCCUCCUCCUCUUGCUUCCACUAACGAUUUAAAAGAUGAUUACGACUCCGAAGAAGUGCGAUAUCUCGAGAAAGCUAUUGCGUUGUAUGACUAUGAAGCUGAUAAACCGGAUGAGCUGACUCUUAGAGAGAACUGUGUCGUUUAUGUUUUGAGAAAGAAUGAUGAUGGAUGGUUCGAAGGUAUUUUAGAUGGAGUAACAGGUCUCUUUCCUGGCAAUUACGUAAAAUCUAUUUGA